AUGGUCAAAUGUGUUCAGAAACCUCUGGUGAAGAGUCGGAAAAUAAUAAGACCACAGCUUGCCAAAGAAAAGAUUGAAGGCUGCCAUAUCUGUACGUCGGUCACGCCAGGAGAGCCUCAGGUCUUCCUGGGGAAAGAUAAGGCCUUUACCUUUGACUACGUGUUUGACAUCGACUCCCAGCAGGAGCAGAUCUACACUCAGUGCAUUGAGAAGCUCAUUGAAGGCUGUUUUGAAGGAUACAAUGCUACAGUUUUUGCAUAUGGACAAACUGGAGCUGGGAAAACUUAUACAAUGGGAACAGGAUUUGAUGUCAACAUCAUGGAAGAAGAGCAGGGUAUCAUUUCUCGUGCUGUUAAACACCUUUUCAGGAGCAUUGAAGAAAAGAAGACCGCCGCGAUUAAAAAUGGGGCCCCUCCUCCUGAAUUUAAAGUGAAUGCCCAAUUCUUAGAGCUCUAUAAUGAAGAGGUCCUUGACUUGUUUGAUACCACUCGGGAUAUCGAUGCAAAAAAUAAAAAAUCAAAUAUAAGAAUUCACGAAGAUUCAGCUGGAGGGAUUUAUACCGUGGGAGUCACAACACGCACAGUGAACACAGAGCCGGAGAUGAUGCAGUGUUUGAAGUUGGGCGCUCUGUCACGCACCACCGCCAGCACCCAGAUGAACGUGCAGAGCUCUCGCUCACACGCUAUUUUUACCAUCCACGUGUGUCAAACCAGAGUGUGCCCCCAAACAGAUGCCGAGAAUGCAACUGAUAAUAAGAUGAUCUCCGAAUCGUCGCAGAUGAAUGAAUUUGAAACCCUGACUGCAAAGUUUCAUUUUGUUGAUCUGGCAGGAUCAGAAAGAUUGAAAAGAACUGGAGCUACUGGCGAGAGGGCAAAAGAGGGCAUUUCCAUCAACUGUGGACUUUUGGCUCUUGGAAAUGUAAUCAGUGCCUUGGGUGAUAAGAGCAAGAGAGCCACCCACGUCCCCUAUAGAGAUUCCAAGCUGACAAGACUCCUGCAGGAUUCCCUUGGGGGUAACAGCCAAACAAUCAUGAUAGCAUGUGUCAGCCCUUCAGACAGAGAUUUUAUGGAGACGUUAAACACUCUGAAAUAUGCUAAUCGAGCUAGAAAUAUCAAGAACAAGGUGAUGGUCAAUCAAGACAGAGCUAGUCAGCAGAUCAACGCCCUCCGCAGCGAGAUCACGCGCCUUCAGAUGGAGCUCAUGGAGUACAAAACAGGUAAAAGGAUAAUUGAUGAGGAUGGCGUGGAAAGCAUCAAUGAUAUGUUUCAUGAGAAUGCUAUGCUGCAGACUGAAAAUACUAAUCUGCGCGUCAGAAUAAAAGCCAUGCAGGAGACUGUUGAUGCGCUGAGGGCCAGGAUCACACAGCUUGUCAGCGAUCAGGCCAACCAAGUUCUUGUCAGAGCAGGUGAAGGGAAUGAAGAGAUUAGUAAUAUGAUUCAUAGUUAUAUCAAAGAAAUUGAAGAUCUCAGGGCAAAAUUAUUAGAAAGUGAAGCAGUGAAUGAGAAUCUUCGAAAAAACUUGACCAGAGCAACAGCGAGGUCGCCGUAUUUCAGUGGGUCAACAGCUUUCUCUCCUACUGUACUGUCUUCAGACAAAGAAACCAUCGAAAUCAUAGAUCUAGCAAAGAAAGAUUUAGAGAAGCUAAAACGGAAAGAGAAGAAGAAGAAAAAAAGGCUACAGAAACUUGAGGAAAGCAAUCGAGAAGAAAGAAGUGUGGCUGGGAAAGAGGAUAAUACAGACACCGACCAGGAGAAGAAAGAAGAAAAGGGUGUCUCAGAAAAAGAAAACAAUGAAUUAGAAAUGGAAGAGAAUCAAGAAGUAAGUGACCAUGAGGAUGAGGAAGAAGAGGAGGACGAGGAAGAUGAGGAAGAGGAUGACAUUGAAGGAGGAGAUAGCUCUGACGAAUCAGAUUCCGAAUCAGAUGAAAAAGCUAACUAUCAAGCCGACUUAGCAAAUAUCACGUGUGAAAUUGCAAUUAAGCAGAAGCUGAUUGAUGAACUAGAAAACAGCCAGAGACGGCUGCAGACGCUGAAAAGGCAGUAUGAGGAGAAGUUGAUGAUGCUGCAGCAUAAGAUCCGGGACACACAGCUGGAGAGGGACCAGGUGCUCCAGAACUUAGGCUCGGUGGAGUCAUACUCAGAGGAAAAGGCCAAGAAGGUCAAGUGCGAAUAUGAAAAGAAGCUCCACGCCAUGAACAAAGAGCUUCAGCGACUUCAGACAGCCCAGAAGGAGCAUGCCAGGCUGCUGAGAAACCAGUCUCAGUAUGAAAAGCAGCUGAAGAAGCUGCAGCAGGAUGUCGUGGAAAUGAAGAAAACAAAGGUUCGCCUCAUGAAACAAAUGAAAGAAGAACAAGAGAAAGCGAGACUGACGGAAUCUCGAAGAAACAGGGAAAUUGCUCAGCUGAAAAAGGAUCAACGCAAAAGAGACCAUCAACUUAGACUUCUAGAAGCCCAGAAAAGAAAUCAAGAAGUAGUUCUACGACGCAAAACUGAAGAGGUCACAGCUCUCCGUCGGCAAGUGAGGCCAAUGUCUGAUAAAGUAGCCGGGAAAGUCACGCGGAAACUGAGCUCAUCUGAAAGCCCUGUUCAGGACACAGGUUCUGGUGCGGCUGCAGGGGAAGCAGAUGCAUCAAGGGCAGGCACCCAGCAGAAAAUGAGAAUUCCUGUGGCAAGGGUCCAGGCGUUACCAACACCUACGACAAACGGAACCAGGAAAAUAUAUCAGAGGAAAGGAUUAACUGGCCGGGUGUUCAUUUCCAAGACCGCCCGCAUGAAGUGGCAGCUGCUUGAGCGCCGCGUGACUGACAUUAUCAUGCAGAAGAUGACCAUUUCCAACAUGGAGGCCGACAUGAACAGACUCCUUAGGCAACGGGAAGAACUCACAAAAAGGCGAGAGAAACUUUCAAAAAGGAGAGAGAAGAUAGUCAAGGAGAGUGGAGAGGGAGAUAAAAAUGUGGUGAACAUCAGUGAGGAGAUGGAGUCCCUGACUGCGAAUAUCGAUUACAUCAAUGAUAGUAUUGCUGACUGUCAAGCUAACAUCAUGCAGAUGGAGGAAGCAAAGGAAGAAGGGGAGACCCUGGAUGUCACUGCUGUCAUUAAUGCCUGCACACUUACGGAAGCUCGGUACUUGCUAGAUCACUUCUUGUCAAUGGGCAUCAACAAGGGUCUUCAGGCUGCCCAGAAAGAAGCUCAGAUUAAAGUACUUGAAGGUCGACUCAAGCAGACAGAAAUCACCAGUGCUACACAGAAUCAACUCUUAUUUCAUAUGUUAAAAGAGAAAGCGGAGUUGAACCCGGAGCUGGAUGCUUUGCUAGGCCAUGCAUUGCAAGAUCUAGAUAGCGCCCCACAAGAAAAUGAAGAGGACAGUAGUGAUGAAGAUGCUCCUUUAAACAGCCCGGGGUCAGAGGGAAGCACAUUGUCUUCAGACCUUAUGAAGCUUUGUGGUGAAGUGAAACCUAAGAGCAAGGCUCGAAGGAGAACCACCACUCAGAUGGAACUGCUGUACGCCGACAGCAGUGAACUAGCCUCAGACACUAGCGCAGGAGACGCGUCCUUGCCCGGCCCUCUUACACCUGUGGCAGAAGGGCAAGAGACUGGACUGAAUACAGAGACAAGUGGUCCUUCUGCUAGGGACAAAGAGCUUCUGCCCCCAUCUGGCUUACCUUCUAAGAUAGGCAGCAUUUCCAGACAGUCAUCUCUAUCAGAAAAAAAAAUCCCCGAACCUUCCCCUGUAACAAGGAGGAAGGCGUAUGAGAAAGCAGAUAAACCAAAGGCCAAGGAGCAGAAACACUCAGAUUCUGGCGCUUCCGAGGCUAGCCUCUCACCUCCUUCCUCCCCACCAAGCCGGCCCCGUAACGAUCUGAAUGUGUUUAAUCGCCUUACUGUUUCUCAGGGAAACGCCUCAGUUCAGCAGGAUAAGUCUGAUGAAAGUGACUCCUCUUUGUCGGAGGUACACAGCAGAUCCUCCAGAAGGGGCAUAAUCAACCCAUUUCCUGCCUCUAAAGGAAUCAGACCAUCUUCACUUCAGUGUGUUCACAUAGCUGAAGGGCACACAAAAGCUGUGCUCUGUGUGGAUUCUACUGAUGACCUCCUCUUCACUGGAUCAAAAGACCGUACCUGUAAAGUAUGGAAUCUCGUGACUGGACAGGAAAUUAUGUCACUAGGGGUUCACCCUAACAACGUUGUGUCUGUAAAAUACUGUAACUAUACCAGCCUGGUCUUCACAGUGUCAACAUCUUAUAUUAAGGUGUGGGAUAUCAGAGAGGCAGCAAAGUGCAUCCGAACACUCACGUCUUCAGGUCAAGUUACGCUUGGAGAAGCUUGUUCAACAAGCACCAGCCGGACAGUAGCUAUUCCGUCCGGAGAGAGCCAGAUCAAUCAAAUUGCACUAAACCCAACUGGCACUUUCCUCUACGCGGCCUCUGGAAAUGCUGUCAGAAUGUGGGACCUUAAAAGGUUUCAGUCUACAGGAAAGCUAACUGGACACCUGGGUCCUGUUAUGUGCCUUACGGUAGACCAGAUCUCCAAUGGACAGGAUCUAAUCAUCACGGGCUCAAAAGACCACUACAUCAAAAUGUUUGAUGUGACCGAAGGGGCUCUUGGGACUGUAAGUCCCACCCACAACUUUGAGCCUCCUCAUUACGAUGGUAUAGAAGCACUGGCCAUUCAAGGGGAUAACCUGUUCAGUGGGUCCAGAGACAACGGAAUCAAGAAAUGGGACUUAGCUCAGAAAGGUCUUCUUCAGCAAGUCCCAAACGCACACAAGGACUGGGUCUGUGCCCUGGGCCUGGUGCCAGGCCACCCAGUCUUGCUCAGUGGCUGCAGAGGAGGCAUUUUGAAACUCUGGAAUGUGGAUACUUUCAUACCCGUUGGAGAGAUGAGAGGUCAUGACAGUCCGAUCAAUGCCAUAUGUGUUAACUCCAGCCACGUUUUCACUGCAGCUGAUGAUCGAACUGUGAGAAUUUGGAAGGCCCACAAUUUGCAAGAUGGUCAAAUCUCUGACACAGGAGACCUGGGGGAAGACACUGCCAGUAAUUAAACAUGAAUGGGGGGACGCAUAAACUGACACUGUGAUGAUGCUCUGUGUUCUGUGUUGAAAAUGAUGUCCUGCACUUAUUAAUGGAACCAACUGGAAAUAUAAAGCUGUUCUCUCUUAUAUGUGUAAUAUUAAUAUCUACCAAUGCAUAUAUUUCCUAAAAUCGAUGUAUUGCUUGAAUCACACUUUUACUGUGGCUGGAUUUUUUUGUGCCUAGCUAUAAAAAGAUACUUUCAAAUUGUUUGAGUUGUAAGACACCUGCUUUUGUGACAGUCAGAAGCAUAUUCAGAGUAAAACACUCCCACCUGUUAACUCAAAUGAUGUGUUCGUAACUUACACAUUUAAACAUGCACUGGAACUGUUAAUCACACUGUAGUCUGCUCAUCCGGAAUUUUGUCAGUCUUUAAGGGGUUCUAAAUUUCAAAACUCUUUCAAUGUAAUGGAAUAAUAAAAUGAGGGAUUUAUUGGUGAUUUCUCAUAAUUGAAAUUAGUCUACUAAGAAAGCUAACAGUUUGUGCUAAAAUGCUCAUGUUUACCUAUAUUGACCAAAGCUUUCAGUUGUUCUGCAUUCUGUGCUCACGAUGAAGACGCCACAGAACUGUUGCGUUGUUAGUGCUGGGCAUGUGUUCUGUGAUGGCGAGCUGUUGAUUUCCUAACAGAAAGAUAUUUUGAUCUAUUUUCCUAUGGAAUUAUUUCUAUUAUCUUUUAAUUUGUUUUUAAUUUAAUAGUAAUAGCUCCUUUAUCUUUUGUCUGAUUUUUAUAUGCUGCUAAAUAUAUUUUAAAUAUACUGUGUUUGCACACGUCGGUAGCUAUGAUGUGUUUGCGCACAUCGGUAGACUGUUAUCACUUGUGGUGGGAAACAAUGUAAAUAUAGGUGAAUUGUAAAGAGAGACUAUCUUGCAUUAUGACUGUAUGAACUUCUAAAUGCUGUUUGAUUAGGUUUUGUUACAAGAUGUAUAAUUUAUCUGUCUACUCAGAAUAUUAAUUUGUAAAUUCUGCAAGUUUAAUUUUAUGUAAUGGCAAAAUCUUUUGAAAUUA